GUCAUUAUUUUACGCCCUACAUCGAUGACCGAUGAUAAAAAUGAGUUUAAAUUAUGUAUUAUUUUUAUUAUGCAUGAAAAUAUGUAUAGUUUUUUGUGAAACAGACUGCAGUGACUUUGAAACAUGUGGGUCAUGUAUUGGAUACGCUUUGGAUCGCUGUGUUUGGUGCUCUGCUGAAGUACAUGAAGGUCCAAGAUGCAAGUCGAGAAUUAAGGUAACCGAAAGCAAGCUUUGGUGUAACGGUACACCUAUAUACGAUCCAGAAACAGAAAAGAUUGUGACAAUGGAUAAAGAUUUUAAUGCAGGGGAAAAAGGAGACCCAGUUAUUCAAUUCAGACCUCAGUCUUUGAAUAUUAAGGCGAGGCCCGGAAUACCCGUGAAAAUUGCAAUGUCAUAUAAACCUGCAAAACAUUACCCAUUAGAUGUAUAUUAUUUGAUGGACUACUCACAUACUAUGACAAAACAUGCAGAAACACUUAAAAAUCAAGGAUUCAACAUCUACAAUGAACUAACUAAGAUUACGAAUAACGUUCGCUUAGGUGUUGGAAGUUUCGUUGAGAAAAACUCUUUACCAUAUGUUGAUGACUCACAACAAAAUUCAUAUUCGUUUAAAAAUCAUUUAUCUUUGACUGACAAUAUGAACAAAUUCAGAGAAGCUUUAAAUGAAAAACUUAAUGGUUCUAAUUAUGAUGAUCCUGAAGCCAGCUUAGAUGGUCUUAUGCAAGCAAUGGUUUGUAAAAAAGAAGUGGGAUGGAGAGAUAACGCGCGAAAAAUUAUUGUAUUAAGUACUGAUUCAACGUACCAUAGUGCGGGCGAUGGAAAAUUUGUCGGUGCAGCUCGACCACAUGACAUGAAAUGUUAUGUAGUUAAUAAUAAAUACCAAAUGGAGCUAGAAUUAGACUAUCCAUCUGUCAGUCAAAUAAAUAAAGUAGCUGCAGAAAAUAAUAUCAUGGUUAUAUUUUCUGCUGAUGAACAUGUCGAACCACACUACAAAGCCUUGGAGAAAAACGUAUUAGGUUCAAAAUAUGUCCCAUUAAAAGCAGAUUCAACACUGGCAGAUGUUAUUAAAACAGAAUACCUGAGUUUAAUUAGAAAAGUUUACCUAAAUUAUAAGAUUCCAUCCUUUAUGCAUUUAACACUUGAUCAAGACUGUAGUAAGGACAAUGAAUGUGAGCUGAAACAUAAUCAAUCUGUUGAAUUAACGGGUACUUUAACAAUAACAUCAUGUCCACCGAAAAAUAAUUAUAAACACGAUGUGGAAAUUGGACCACGAAUGUUGAAUGAAAAAUUGAAUAUACAAGUUGAUAUAUAUUGUCAAUGUGAUUGUGAAGAACCAGGAAGUGGGAUAGACAAUUCGGAUAUAUGUAAUAAUGCUGGGACAUAUCAAUGUGGAAUUUGCAAUUGCGAUAGUGACAGGUAUGGAUCUAGUUGUCAAUGUAAUGGAAUUUCAAGUGAUACACAGGAUGAAGAUCGAUGUAAAAAGGAUAACCAAACCCUUAUCUGUAGCGGGCAUGGAACUUGCAGCUGCGGAAAAUGCGACCCAUGUUCACCAGGUUUCUCGGGUCCAUACUGUGAAUAUGACGAUAAAGCAUGCCCUAGCCCCGAAGGCUUACUAUGUGCUGAUCAUGGUAUAUGUAAAUAUGGACAGUGCCAAUGCUCUCCCAAUUGGAUCGGCGAGGAUUGCAGAUGUCCUAAUAAUAAUGAAAGCUGCAAAGCACCCUAUUCUAAAGAGGUAUGUUCGGGGAAUGGUGACUGCUCAUGUGGCAAAUGUGAAUGCAAAGUGUGUUCUGGUCAAUUUUGCGAUGAUUGUGAAGAAGUAGCAAUGAAACGUUGCAAGGAAUUGGAAGAUUUUGCAUAUUGUAAUUUCAACGAAAAUAAAAAUGUUUGUGAUUUGAAAUUUAAUCAAACAAACACAGAAGUUACUAUUGUCAAUAAAACAGAAAUAAAUUCACCAGAUUGGUACAUGGCUAAGUACUGGUGUAGAAAAAUCUUGGAAGAUGAACAAAUUUUUGUGUUUAAAUAUUAUUAUUCAACAUCUUCAAACAGCAAGUUACACCUCAUUAUUCAAAAUGAGUUAGAGAAGCCACCAAUUGCUAACGUGUGGAUUGCUGUUGGAAGUGUCAUAGGUGCGGUUUUAUUGAUUGGACUGUUAACUCUAAUUGCGUGGAAAGUUCUAGUUGACCUACACGAUAAACGGGAAUAUGAUAAAUUUGCAAAUGAAUCUGCCGCUGCAGGAUUCGAUACAUCUAUAAAUCCUUUAUAUCAAUCACCAGCUACGAACUUCUCAAAUCCCGCCUAUGACGGCUGAUCUUGAAACUUUUAAACAAAUAUUGUAAUAAAAUUAAUUAUUAAAAGA